AUGCCAGUGCAUACCAUAACCUGGAUUGCGAAUUCUACUGUAGAUCUUGGAUGGUAUGCACCAAGGAAGAGUUGGAUAAAUGAUCUAGAACAAGUUAUGAAUGGGACUGGAACACACGACUUUAUCUUCAAUAGCUCGCACUUGCCUCUUGGGACACUUUACGGAACGUACAAUUGGUGCAAUAUGCCUCAUGUGAGGGCUGGGGAGUAUCCAAGAGCCGGAGUGGGGUUUGAGUUGCAGUAUGUGGAGGUCAUACAUCGACAUCACAAGCGUACACCGUAUGCUUCCAACACAUUUCCCAAAGAGGCGUAUGGAUGGCAAUGCGACAAUCAGGGCCUCUUCUACUAUGGCAGACCCUUGAAUCCUGCUGGGAACGGGUCGAGUCCGACAUACUGGAGCGUGUACACUAGCGAAACCAAUCCGUUUCCGCAGUCUGGGUUCAACGGCUCUUGUCAAUUUCCGCAAAUCACAAAAGAGGGCUUGGAUGACUCGUGGCAGCAUGGCAGGGACUUACAUGGCGUAUAUCAUGAUCUGCUACAUUUUCUUCCCGACGAGAUGGAUGACAAAGUUACAUACCGGGUAACGAACAACGUCAUCACAAGCCAAGUCGCUGGGAUGGUUAUUGACGGCAUGUAUGCCCCGGAUGCCGACGUACCCCUUCGAAUUCAACCUACUGGUGUUGACUCUCUGGAACCCCAGUACCCUUGUCCUGCUGCGUCAUUCCUCUACAGUUCCUACGGCGUAGGAGGCACCGACUCGACAUGGACUGCGCACUUGAGCGCCGCAAAACCUCUAUUCAAGUCCCUGGAUAACAUCUCCGGUAUUGCAAGCGACUCCACAGACUGGCAUAAAUCCUUUGACCACUACUACGACAAUCUCUCAAGCAGACAGUGCCAUGCGAAACCACUGCCUUGUAACAUCAACGACACAAGCUCAUGCAUUACACAAGACCAAGCGGACACUGUCUACCGACUAGGCCAAUACGAGUACAGCUUCAUUCAUCGCGACGCCCCACAAAGUCUGCAAGCUGCCGUAGGAUCCUACGGCGUGUUCCUCGCCGAGCUCGCGCAGAAUAUCCGGGAUGCGAUCUCUGGUAAGGGCCCUGUGAGGUACCGACACAACGUAGCACAUGAUGGCUCAGUAUCACGUCUUCUCAGUAUUCUUCAGGUCGAGCAGAUGGUGUGGGUGGGUAUGGGUGCUGAAAUUGUCUUCGAGGUUUAUAUGCAGAAAGACAAUAUGAAGAACUAUCUUAGGAUCCUCUGGGGUGGUCAAGUAUUGAGAAGUUCGAAUCCAAGCCUGGGAGAAGUCGAUAUGUUGGAUUUGGAGGUGUUUUUGGGGUAUGUGGAUGGGUUGGUAGGAUGGCGUGCUCAGAAAGUGGUGGAGUUUUGCAGGACGUGA